AUGCCGUCAAAGAAUAGUCACGAGUCUGAGGAAAGUGCAGGUGAAGAUGAAUUUCAGGUGGAAAAAAUUCUGAAGGUUCGUAUAAGAAAUGGACGAAAGGAGUAUUUCCUCAAAUGGAAAGGUUAUUCAGAGGAGGACAAUACUUGGGAACCAGAAGAAAACUUGGAUUGUCCUGACCUAAUUAAGGAAUUCGAAGAAAGACGAGCUCGUGAAAGAACUUCGCUCACCAGUCCUGCCAGAGCGAGUACUGAAUCGAAGCCAAAAAACAGGUCGAAGGGUUCAUCACUCAGUUCAGAUGGCGCAAAGGACAUUGGCGAAGAAGUACCUGAACCGGCAAAGAAAAAGCGAACAUCUAGCUUACCCAUAAAUGCGGAAGAGUCAGCUGGCGAAGUACCCAGUGUACCAGAUGAAUCGAAAGAACUGACAAAUGAAGAACAAAAACCUAAAGUCGCUAAAUCAACAGGAAAAACACGCGGAUUCGCCCGUGGACUAAAAGCUGAGAGGAUCAUUGGAGCCACGGACUCAAGUGGUGAACUAAUGUUCCUAAUGAAAUGGAAAGAUUCGGACGAAGCUGACUUAGUGCCUGCUCGCGAAGCCAACAUCAAGUGUCCACAAAUCGUUAUCCGGUUUUACGAAGAAAGGCUUACCUGGCACACACCAGAAAACCGACCUUCCGGGACUCCACGCUCUGGAGCUACCACUCCAAGCACUGCGACUGCAACAGCACGCACCUAA